CAUCCAGGCAGCUUUUUCCUCAAAUACACAUAACAGUUAGGAAAGCUGCAAGUUUUCGCAGUUGGCCAAAAACGUCCAGUUCCAGCGCUGAGCCAGAAAAUUCCUGCGAAAGGCUGUCGUGGCAAGUGUUACCCGCACACAUACACAUCAUCCAGAUCCAGCCAAUCCCCCCGUGGAGUGGAGUGAAUUUUCAUUGACGACGGGGCGAAAAAGCUCUGGCGGAAGAGCGACAGAGAGAGAGUGAGAGGCGGCACUGAGAGCGCAACCCUCUAGAACAAAAACAACGAAACAGAGUUCAGCUGCACCACCACCCACCACCUACACCACCACCAACGCCACCACCGCCCACUGACCAUCCCACAUCCCGACCUGCGCCAGUGGAAGACAGUGAAAGAGGCCAAGUGCACAGUGCAUAGAGUACCUUCAUCCUAAUCAUCGCCAGCCGAAUUCGCUGAGGCCACCAGAGCACCACCAGCCAACCACAGAAGCAACCACACAGCCACCAGAGCCAUAGCCCAGAAGCCGAGUUAAAGGUCAAAGUUUUUGGGGGUCUGAGAUGGGCAAGAAAGACAAGAACAAGGAACAGGCGGACGCUGCACCAGCUGGCGAUGCACCACCCAAUGCCGGAGCCCCGGCCGGAGAGGGCGGCGAUGGCGAGAUUGUGGGCGGACCACACAAUCCGCAGCAGAUUGCGGCACAGAAGCGUCUGCAGCAGACGCAGGCGCAGGUCGAUGAGGUCGUGGACAUCAUGCGCACGAACGUGGAGAAGGUGCUGGAGCGCGACAGCAAGCUGUCGGAGCUGGACGACCGUGCCGAUGCCUUGCAGCAGGGUGCCUCGCAGUUCGAGCAGCAGGCGGGCAAGCUCAAGAGGAAAUUCUGGCUCCAGAACUUGAAGAUGAUGAUCAUCAUGGGCGUGAUUGGCCUUGUUGUCGUGGGCAUCAUUGCAAAUAAACUUGGACUCAUAGGCGGGGAGCAGCCGCCACAGUACCAGUACCCCCCACAGUACAUGCAGCCACCGCCGCCGCCUCCGCAGCAGCCAGCCGGAGGACAGUCAUCGCUGGUGGAUGGGGCAGGAGCAGGAGACGGAGCAGGAGCUGGCGACCACGGCGGCGUGUAAGCAGUCCCGCUGCCAGGACGAAAGUUUCUCGAUUAGUGUGCUCCUCCAGCGGACGAAAACAAAGCAGAGAAGACAAAAGAAAACCAAGAAAGGAAAACUCAGUUAAACUAGAAAAUCUCGAGAAUUGCAAUGAAAACUCAAUAAUAAUUUCCACUUAGACGAUGUGCACGAGUUGGUGUGAGAGGUUUUAAGUAACUUACGUCAUAAUAUUAAUACUAAAUCUAAUGCAGACGCUCCGGACAAUUUGAAGUUGUUGCUAAUUUGUUUAUGGUUACAUUAUUUCAUGCAUAAAACGGUAUAUAUAAUUAUAAAUAUAAAUACAAUCUAAAUACAAAUACAAAUAUAUGGAACUUGAAUAUUACGAGUGACUCCAACCACUACCCUGUACUACCUGUACUACUAUACGGAACUAGCAUCUCUGCGCUGCACUGGCAACAAGGAGCGCCAGUGGAAGCAGGAGGACAGGCGGUCGCUUCCCGAUGUUCGCAGCUCUUUGAACUCAGUUUCCUUAGCAAAUCGACUAGACAAAACAAACAGAAUCAUAACUAUUUCGGAACAGACGCGAAACCAAAGAAAUGAAAUCUAAGCUUUGUUCCUAAGUAAAGUUACGCAAAUAUGAUAUUCGAAAUGUAUAAUCCAAAAAGAUUAAUUUGAAUCGACGGGCCGCCAGAGAAAACGCAGUUAAAUGUUUUCAAGCAAGUUUACUUAUACAAAAACAGCAAGCGAAGUCGGCUGGAAAAAAAACAAACAAACAAAUGAAGCCAGCAGCAAAAGCUGAUAAACCCAAAGUCUAGUGAAAAUAUACAAGCGAUUCAUUUGCUGCGUUUUGUUUACGUGCGCUAUCAUUACUGUUGUGUUUGAGAAUAGCUCGAAGGGUUCGAUUGAAAGCGGAAUCCAGACAGUUCAACGAUUAAAUUAAGCGCUAGACACAAAAUACGUUGGUUAUCCACAGGACUUAGUUAGCUCGACGAGGCAUACAUAUAUGUUUGUAUAUUUCAAUGUUACGAGUAAUAGACGAGGCGGUACUUAGAGCAUAUAUAUGUACGUGUAUGUAACGAUAUGAUAUCUAGAUCUCACACACUCCACCCGAAACCAUUGCCCCCAUCACAACCGAUAAUCAGGAUCGGAAUCAGAUUCAGGAUCAGAAUCCGAUUCAGAUUCAGAGAGCCACAGCUCUCAGCACAUAUUGUACCCAACUUGUUCCGAAGAU